AUGAUAAGUUCCUUAACUAUUUUGUUUUUAUUGUUACCAUUGUUGUUGGUUUACAGUUUAGAAGUACCUAAUCUGGACACUAGUGCAGCCAAAGGAAAUGAUGUACACUUUACUAUAUAUAAUGACACAUUGGAUGCCAACAACUUCUAUAUACCAUUAUAUAGUAUCGUUACCAACAGUAACAAACAGUCAUACAGUGGCAACUAUUCAAUAGAGUUCAUCAAGGAGUUCUAUAUCUUUACAAAGACAGACUCAAACUUCACUAUUGACAAGCGUGAAUACUCCCAUCUCACAUUCUAUAUCUAUCCAACACAUGAACUACAAGACCUCACCCUAACACUGAUCAACGACAAGAAGGAGGAGCAUUCAAUACCAAUCAUCAAUGCUCUCCAUCCAAUCAACUCUGUACUGCACACGGCAUACCUCACACCGAACCAGUGGACAAAGGUUCAACUAUCUCUAGAGUACUUCCCAUCCAACAGCUACCGUGGCUUGUGGUUCGUUCAGAAGCAUCCCACCUAUAGCAUCUUCAUCGAUGACAUCAAGCUAAAGAAAAGAGAUGUCGCAGAGAAUGAGUUCAAGGUGUAUGCCAACUGCAUCAGUGGUGUUGGUGUCUUGGUUCAAGAUGUCAAUGGUAUCAAACUCAACUCUUCAAAUGUGGUCUACAACGAUCACGUUUCAUCCAUCCAGUUUGACUUGCAAGAUAAGAAUAGACUCUACAUUGAAUUUAGAAAGAAUAUUGUAACAAAGAAGGACACUCAAUUUGUGUUCCAUAUCUAUCCUGAUAAGUCUAUCUUUAGGAAUGAUGUGGAGAUAACAUUUGUACCAUCAACAACAGUUGAACCAAUUACAAAGUAUAAUCUCUCUUCUCUUAGUAGUCCAACCAAACCAAUUGUUGAGAAUAGUUGGAAUAAGAUUGGGAUACAUGUUCCAAAGUCAUCUUACAGUGGAAUGUACUUCACUUCAGUACAUCCAUUGACAGAAUCAACUUUGAUCUAUUUGGAUAACAUCUAUGUCAAGUACGCCAUGGACGCUACCGAAGUCAACCAGAGUAAUAACUCCUUGGUACAGAAGAAAAAGUUUGAGAUCAGGACCUCAUUGAACAUUCUAUCACAAUUCUUCCCAUUCUUUCAAGUCAACUUUCACUUGCUCUCCUCUGUUCCAACUAUACCAAAGGCAUGGGCAACAGACUUUCCAUCAGUGUCAUUUACAACGUCCAAUCGAGAGGCCUAUGCAAAGGCAUCCAAUCUCACUUUCAAUGUCAACUUUAACAAUUCAAAGCUGGCACAGGUCGUAGGCAAGGACAAAGACAUACCUGUACUAUAUCAAAAGGUGCUCAAGGUUAAUCAGUUCCAGUUCCUUAAUCUCAACUUCUCAUUCCCAACUUCCAACUUUUUCUUGGUCGUUGGAUCACUCGAUCUCAACGAGGAGGUGUUUGUCUCUGCAACGACACCCGUAGGUGGAGGACAAGCGCCAAGGUGGAGAGUCAUUGAUACUGGAUUCCUAUUCGAUGGAUAUGAGGCCUAUCAAGUCAAGAUUAAAAUGAAGAAUCAAGGAUUGUAUCUCUCGGCAAAGAAGGCUCUAGUCCCGCCACCACAACCAAACCCCAACUUUAUAGUUCUCCAGCCUUUGGACCCAGUAAACGGGCUCACCUUCUCAGUAGUGUCAGAUACGAUUGACUCUGACUUUUUCUUCACUCUCUACGCCAUCAAUGACAAAGAGACAAACGCUCUAUCACUUGGUAGUAGUACUACCCCAGCAUUCAUUUCAACCAAAUAA